CAAAGACACGACAACAUCAGCAUCAAUUUCAAGAUGAAGCGCCCGCCGGCCGCCUCUCUUGACCGGCGAAUCCAAUAUCUCUUCCCUCUCGCGCUGUCGUCGAUUCUUGUCUUGGGAACCGCGAGGCUGGUCCUCGACAGCUUGAAGAGCAACGACAGCUAUGUCUUCAAGCAAUACGGCAGGCGCGAGAAGGACAGGCCGGAAGUUGUUGUCGUUUCUGCUGAGGAUCGCAUUGAUGAAAGUUGCGAUGUUUUUGAAGGCAAAUGGGUUUGGGAUAAUGUGUCGUAUCCUCUUUAUACGGAAGAGAGUUGCCCUUAUUUGGUCAAACAGGUUACUUGCCAAAGAAAUGGGAGACUUGAUUCUUUCUAUAAGAAUUGGAGGUGGCAGCCUAAUGGGUGUGAUCUUCCAAGGUUUGAUCCAUUGAAGUUACUACAACUUUUAAGGGGAAAAAGACUCAUGUUUGUUGGAGAUUCUGUGCAAAGAAGCCAGUUUGAAUCCUUGGUCUGUUUGGUGCAGUCCAUCAUACCUGAAGGAAAGAAAUCCCUUGAAAGAAUACCCCCCAGGAAGAUCUUCAAAAUCAAGGAAUUUGAUGCUUCAAUUGAGUACUACUGGGCACCAUUUAUAGUGGAGUCUAUUUCAGAUCAUGCAACAAACCACACUGUAUUAAAAAGGCUAGUCAAGCUUGACUCCAUUGAUAAGCAUGGAAAACAUUGGGAAGGGGUAGAUUUUUUGAUAUUUGAGAGCUAUGUUUGGUGGAGAUACAAGCCUACUCUUAAUGCAACAUAUGGGCAUCCAGAUGAUGUACAAGAAUAUAAUGUGACCACAGCGUACAGAUUGGCAUUAGAAACUUGGGCAAAUUGGAUAGAAUCCAGCAUCGAUCCAAAAACUCAACAGCUCUUUUUCAUGAGCAUGUCUCCUACACAUUUGUGGAGCUGGGAAUGGAGGCCGGGGAGCAAUGAAAACUGCUUUAACGAGUCACACCCAAUCCAAGAUUCAUCAUACUGGGGCACUGGUUCAAGUCUUGAAAUCAUGGACAUAAUCCAUGAUGUUUUAACACAACUAAAAGUCAAUGUCACAUUUUUGAAUAUCACACAAUUGUCAGAGUUCCGAAAAGAUGCCCACGCAUCAGUGUAUGGGGAACGCAGAGGAAAACUCUUGACAAAGGAACAGAGAUCCGAUCCAAAAAACUUUGCUGAUUGCAUUCACUGGUGCUUACCAGGAGUUCCUGAUACAUGGAAUGAGAUUUUGUAUGCAUAUUUGUUAAAGAAUCAUCAAAAUCUUUUAUAAUUUGAAAAUGCCUCUUCUGAAAAGGAGAAUUCUUUA